GGUUCGGAAAGCGCACGCACAUGCCAAUGUUUACAUAUCGUACAUUUGGCAUUUUGAAUUUGUAAUGUGCGGCAUAUAUUGUGGAAUAAGCCGUAAUAAUGAUGAUGCCAGUUGUCAUAUGCACAGCGCCUUGGAGACGCUACUACACAAUCGCGGACCCGACCUAAAAGACAAGCUCAUCGUGGACAAUGUGCUGCUGGCCGGCAACGUUCUGUGGCAACAGGGCGCCGCGCCACAAAAGCAGCCCCUAGUCAAGGAGGAUCUGGUGCUGCUCUUCAACGGAGACUUGUACAAUUUAAAUGAAAAGAAGCCCCCAACCCAGGCAGACAGCGCCUGGCUGCUGGAACAGCUAAUCAACUGCAAGAGCAGCGACGAUGCGCAGCUGUUGGCGCUGCUGCAGCGGCUCGAGGGACCCUACUGCCUGAUCCUCUACAACAGACGUGACCAGGUUCUGUACUUUUGCCGCGACGCACUGGGCAGAAAUUCGCUAAUCGUCGAGCGGCACACGCAUUGCCUCAAGCUGAUGAGCACCUCGUGCCACGUGGAGCAGCAGGCGCCGGCUGCCUCAACGGAGCUGCCGCCACUGGGCCUGUACAAGCUGCAUGUGGCGGAGCUCGACAAGUGCACAUUAUAUCCCUGGCAGCAGCUUAACAAGGACACAGAGCAGCAGCUGGCGUUGCUGGACGCUGCCAUGCUCUGGAGCACAAGGCUGGAGCGGCUCAUAGCGCCGGCAUGGCUGCUCGACACGACACAGACACAGGUGGCCAGCUACGAUCUAUACGAGCUAGCCGCCGCCGAGACAGUGCAGCUGGAGCCGGAGGCGCUCUACAAGCGUCUGCUGGAGCAUGCGCCUGUGCAGCAGGCGAUACGCAAAUUGGACGAACUGCUGCAGCAUUCGGUGGCGGCACGUGUGCUGCAUACGGCGCCCGUUUGCCGCAGAUGUGCCACAGCUGGCAGCUGUGCUCAUGCCAAAAUCUCCAUACUAUUCUCGGGCGGCAUUGACUGCAGCAUACUGGCGCUGCUCGCCGACAAAUAUGUGCCGCAAACGGAGCCCAUCGAGCUCAUCAAUGUGGCCUUUGAGCGGCUGACGGCAACAGCAGCCGGGCCGGCUCAGCAGCCGGAGAGCAAAUGGAAUGUGCCGGAUCGCCAGACUUCGCUACAAACGCUGGACGAACUGCAGCGCCUGUGCCCGCAGCGCAACUGGCAGCUGCUGCAGGUGAAUGUCAGCCGACGCAAGCUGCAGCAACAGCUGAGCACGCACAUCCGCCAGCUGAUCUAUCCGCUGCAAACGGUGCUGGACGAGUGCCUGGGCUGUGCCUUCUGGUUUGCCGCCGCCGCGCCCCAAUCAACGGCACGCGUUGCACUCCUGGGCAGCGGCGCCGACGAGCUCUUUGGCGGCUAUACGCGUCAUCGCAAUGCCUGGCGGCGUGCCGGCAGCGAUGGGCACUCGCGUCAGCUGGCCGUGCGCCAGGAGCUGGACAUGGACUGGCAGCGCAUACCGGCAAGGAAUCUGGCGCGCGACGAUCGCAUCAUUGCGGACAGCGGCAAGACGGCGCGCGCCCCCUUCAUCGAGGAGCAUCUGGCCAGUUUUGUGCGCUCACUGGCGCCACAGCAGCGCUGCUGUUAUAGUCUGGCCGAGGGCGUUGGCGAUAAGCUGCUGCUGCGCCUGUACGGCCACAGUCUGGGGCUGCGCGAGGCGGUGCUGCUCAAGAAGCGGGCCAUACAGUUCGGCUCUCGCAUUGCUGACAAGAGGCAGCAGGCGGCACAGCAAUCCGACUAUCUGCGCUUCGAGUCCUUGCAACUGAAUUGAUGGCGCACAAUAUUAAUAUG